UUUUAUAACGAAACGGACACAGUCACACUAGCAUCAUGAAGGCUUCGAUUAUCGCACUUCUCUGUGUACUAGUGGUUGCACGUGCUGCACCACCAUUGAGUCAUCGAAUACAAUAUACAACAAAUAACUUUAUUCCUAUCGUGGCUUCAAAUGUGGACGGACCGAAUCCGGACGGUUCGUAUAGCUUCAAUUAUGAGACCGCAAAUGGCAUUCAGGCACAGGAACAGGGUCACCUCGCCAAGAUCUCCAAAGAAGAGGACGCUAUUCAAGUCCAGGGAGCUUUCAGCUAUACCGACAACAAUGGCAAUCCCUUCGCCCUAAGUUACAUCGCCGACGAGAACGGUUUUCGGCCUCAGGGCGAGCAUCUGCCGACCGCGCCUCCUAUUCCUCUCGAAAUCCUGAGAGGCCUCGAUUACAUCGCCCAGCAUCCCGAAGAGGACAAUCUCUAAAAACGCUACAGUAACAUUCAAAUUAUUUAAAUUGAAAUCUCGACUGUUGAGCUUGCAAUCCUACGAUAUCAUGUAAAUAAUUAGUGCCAAUAGUUUGCGCGCGAAAUUAUAUCUUCAUUAAUUUAAAAGUAUGUAUAGUGCAGUGAAAGUUCAGAAUAUUUAUUCAGAAAAGUUCAAAAUUUGAAACAGAAAGAGACAAAUUGUCGAUAUAGAAUUUAACGACAGAUUUUUCACGUUUGAGUGUUACGUGAAUUUAUAUUAUAAUCCAAUCUAUGGUACUCGAGUAAUAUUAAAUUAUAUACAUUAAAGCAGAUAUAAUUAUAAUGAGUUAAAGAGAAUCCAUAACUUUGGAAAUUUAAUACAUCGAAAUUAUGUCUAUUGCGAUAUUUGGACUUCAUAUUUCUAGCUCCAUUUGCAAAUCUAACAUAUUCGCAUGAUUUAGCAAAUUUCCUUUUGCAAGAGCGUCCUCCCAGCAUCGAAUUAAUGCAGUCAAUUAGCACCUACUGCGUUAAUUAUGGAAUCACGUAGCGCGCGCACUGUAUACAUAGAACCACCGUGACCGUAAUGUUUAUAUUAAACGUUACUUGUAACGACAAAAUAAACGUGCUUGAACCUCGA